GCGAGGUGCCAUAUCCAUUUUUGAUGACUGACAUUAGGGAGCGUCUUAAAAUAGGCAGCCAGAGGGGCAGGAAGAGCACUCAGCCGGAGCCGUCGAGCUAGACACACACACACACACACACACACACGCUCAGUGUCUGCAGCCAGGAUGUCCAUCGUCAAGAUCCACGCUCGUGAGAUCCUCGACUCCAGAGGAAACCCUACAGUGGAGGUCGACCUUUACACGGAGAAAGGUCGGUUCAGGGCUGCGGUCCCCAGCGGAGCCUCCACAGGUGUUCAUGAGGCUCUGGAGCUGAGAGACGGAGAUAAAACUCGCUACCUGGGCAAAGGUGUGGCUAAAGCUGUUGAUCAUGUGAACAAGGACAUCGCUCCCAAGCUGCUGGAGAAAAAGCUGAGUGUUGUUGACCAGGAGAAGAUCGAUCAGUUCAUGCUUGAACUCGAUGGCACUGAGAACAAAUCUAAAUUCGGUGCUAACGCUAUCCUGGGUGUGUCUCUGGCGGUGUGUAAGGCUGGUGCGGCGGAGAAAGGUGUUCCUCUGUUCCGCCACAUCGCCGACCUCGCCGGCCACGCUGAUGUCAUUCUGCCCGUUCCUGCGUUCAACGUGAUUAACGGUGGCUCUCACGCCGGGAAUAAACUGGCCAUGCAGGAGUUUAUGAUUCUUCCCGUCGGGGCGGCGAACUUCCGCGAGGCCAUGCGCAUCGGUGCUGAGGUUUAUCACAACCUGAAGAGCGUCAUCAAGGGCAAGUACGGAAAAGAUGCCACCAACGUAGGGGACGAGGGCGGAUUCGCCCCCAACAUCCUGGAGAACAACGAGGCUCUGGAGCUGCUGAAGUCAGCCAUUGAGAAAGCCGGCUACACCGAUAAGAUCAUCGUCGGCAUGGACGUGGCCGCGUCCGAGUUCUACAGGAGCGGAAAAUACGACCUGGACUUCAAAUCCCCCGACGAUCCCAAACGCCACAUCACCGGAGACCAGCUCGGAGAUCUGUACAAGAGCUUCAUCAAGAAUUACCCAGUCCAGUCCAUCGAGGACCCCUUCGACCAGGACGACUGGGAAAACUGGACGAAGUUCACCGGCUCUGUGGACAUCCAGAUCGUAGGAGACGACCUGACCGUGACGAACCCCAAACGCAUCCAGCAGGCUGUGGAGAAGAAAGCCUGCAACUGCCUGCUGCUCAAAGUUAACCAGAUCGGCUCAGUCACCGAGUCCAUUCAGGCAUGCAAACUGGCUCAGAAGAAUGGAUGGGGUGUGAUGGUCAGCCAUCGCUCUGGAGAGACUGAAGACACCUUCAUUGCUGAUCUGGUGGUCGGCCUCUGCACAGGACAGAUUAAGACCGGCGCCCCCUGUAGGUCAGAACGCUUGGCCAAAUACAACCAGCUGAUGAGAAUCGAGGAGCAGUUGGGCGACAAAGCCAAGUUUGCAGGGAAAGAUUUCCGUCAUCCCAAAGUGAACUGAAACGCGAGUCGCCAUCUGUCUCGAACACUCGCAGUAAACACUCGCAGUAAACACUCGCAGUAAACACUUUUUAUACUGAGGCUCUGUUUGAGUUGGAGUCCUGCAGUUACACACACACACACACACACACACACACACACACACACAACAUCAAAGACAUGAAAAUGAAUAAAGCCUUUUUCUGAACAAA